AGUCUCCUUCCCCGUUGGCCCCGCCCAGCCCCUCUCGCCCGGUUCGUUCCAAUGUCUCAGUAAGCGGCGGAGAGCAGAGCGGGGGCAGCGGCCGGGAUCACAGGAGCAGCUCGGCUCCCAGGGAUGUGAGUGCGGCCCCGGACAAUGGGGGAGGACCCCUAAUCUCCUCUUACCGCACUGCGCCACCUCCCGCCCCCACCACCGGCCCCGCCAUGUCCGCCAAGGAGAAUCCGUGUAAGAAGUUCCAGGCCAAUAUCUUCAAUAAGAGCAAAUGUCAGAACUGCUUCAAGCCCCGGGAGUCCCAUCUGCUGUCAGACGAGGACCUCAACCAGGCCAAACCUAUAUACGGAGGAUGGCUUCUGCUCGCGCCAGAGGGCACCGAUUUCGACAAUCCAAUGCACAGAUCCCGGAAAUGGCAGCGGAGAUUCUUCAUCCUGUACGAGCAUGGCCUGUUGCGGUACGCCCUGGAUGAGAUGCCAACUACUCUACCACAAGGGACCAUCAACAUGAACCAGUGCACGGAUGUCAUCGAUGGGGAGAGCCGCACUGGACAGAAAUUCUCCUUGUGCAUCAUGACGCCAGAGGAACAUUUUAUCAGGGCAGAGAACAAAGAAAUAAUCAAUGGGUGGCUGGAGAUGCUGAUUGUCUACCCCAAGACCAACAAGCAGAAUCAGAAGAAGAAGAGGAAAGUAGAGCCCCCUACUCCACAGGAACCUGGACCAGCCAAAAUGGCAGCUACCAGCACAGGGAUACCCAGUGCAGAAAAGGUCCCAGCCACCAAAUCCACUCUCUGGCAAGAGGAAGCGAAGGGCAAGGACGGGCAGGAGAGCAGCGGCAGCAGUCCCAUCCAGAGUCCAGUCCACAUGCCCUCUUCCCCAAGUGAGCCCGUGCCAGGCAGCAAAGCCGACGGAAGCUUGGUAAAUGGAGACCGCGUCGACGGCGGACGCAAGACUCGAGUGGAAAGUGGCUAUUUCUCCUUAGAGAAGACUAAAGACUUGAAAUCUGAAGAUCAGCCAUUACAGACUCCGCCUUCACCUUCCACCCCCGAUGCGCCCACCAGGCGUUCUCUGGUCAUUGAGAAGUUUGAAGCCUUGGAUAUCGAGAAGGCAGAACACAUGGAGACCAGCUGUUCCACCGCCCCAAGCAGCAGCAGCGAGGCCCGGCAGGGCCGCAGUGAGAAGCGCACCUUCCCGAGGAAAAGGGACGAGACAGGGGGGGCCUCUAUUCCCGAUGUCUCGGCUUCCCCAAUGUCACCGUACAGAAGGGCAAAAUCCCUGGAUCGCCGAUCCACAGAAUCCUCAAUGACGCCGGACCUUCUGAACUUCAAGAAAGGGUGGUUGACCAAGCAGUAUCCAGAUGGGCAGUGGAAGAAGCACUGGUUUGUGCUGACUGACCAGAACCUGAGAUAUUACAGAGACUCUGUGGCGGAGGAGGCUGCGGACUUGGAUGGAGAAAUCGAUUUGUCCACCUGUUACGAUGUCACAGAGUUCCCAGUGCAGAGAAAUUAUGGCUUCCAGAUUCACACUAAAGAAGGGGAGUUCACUCUGUCUGCAAUGACCUCGGGCAUACGGCGGAACUGGAUACAGACCAUCAUGAAACAUGUGCGACCCAACACUGCCCCUGAUGUCACCAGGAAAAGCUUCUCUCUGAAACUGUCUGUGCUGAAGCCAAGCUCCUUGCCAGAGGAGAAGAAUAAAACAGCAUCUUCGUAUGUCUCCAGCUCCAUUGAAAGUGAAAAGCAGGAUUCAGAGCACUCGGAUGCAGAUGGGGAGCAGAAGAGAAGCCGGGCACGGGAAAGAAGGAGGGAAGGACGUUCCAAAACCUUUGACUGGGCAGAGUUCCGUCCUAUUCAACAAGCAUUGGCUCAGGAGCGGGCUCAAGCAGCUGAGGUCACAAAGUCAGUUUCUUGCUACGACACCACUGACUCCAAGAACGAUCUAGGGGAGCUGGAAAGGGAGCGGACAAGGCGGAGAGAAGAACGCAGGAAAAGGUUUGAGAGCUCUGAUUCCGUAGAGGAGUCUACAGGAGAAGAAUCCCCUCGUAUGGAGGUAGACAGAGGACCAGCAUCUUCCGAUUCCAUUGACAUUAGGCCAAAUGUUCAAGUGGAAAUUGAGCAGCGCUGGCAACAAGUAGAAACCACUCCAUUACGGGAAGAAAAGCAAAUACCCAUAGCUCCACUACCUUUAUCCAAUGCUUCGCCCAAACACAACGCUGAAGACAUCACAGUUAUCUUGGAAAAGCAGCUGGAGCAGCGUCAGAGAGAAGUGUCUGAUCUCCUGGCUGAAAACCUAGUACUGCAACAGAGACUAAAAGAAGCCUUGGAGCAACAGCACAGUGCCAGAGAUGGAUACGUGUUACAGACUGAAUUGGCAGAUCCGUCUUCAGAUGCCUGGCAGCGGCUCCAUAAAGUCAAUGAGGACCUUCAGUACGAGCUGGAGGCACAGCAUAAGCGUCAGGAAAUGCUCAAUCAUCAACUACAGAGUAUCAAACACAGUUAUGGAGAAGCCAAGGAUACCAUCAGACAUCAUGAAGCUGAGAUUCUGAAUCUUCAAGCCCGUCUUAGUAGCGCAUCUGCUGAGCUUUCUAUUAAGGAGCAAGCACUGAGCAAGCUAAAAGCAGACUUAAAGUUAGAAAAGGAAAAGGCUCAUGAAAUGUUGGAAGAAUGGAAAAACAGUGAAAUGGCACUAUGCUCGCAGCUUAAGGUCAGCCAGCAGAAGCUCAAAGAAGUUGAGUCUUUGCUUUUGGAAAAAAGGCAGGAAAUUCGUGAGCUUGAAAUGCAGCAAGCUCUGCAGAAGGACUAUCAAAAAGAGGCACAAAGGUGGCAAGACCGGCUAGCAAGCCUGCAGGCUCAGCUGGAUGUAAGCGAACAAGCCCAGAUGUUAACAGAAGAGAGACUUCAGAUGAAUUACGAGGAAUUGCUAGACAGCUACGAGAAGGAAAAACAACUAUUGAUUCUUAAUUUGAAAGAAACAGAAGUCCGUCUUGUAGAAUAUGAAGAUAAGCUGCAAGAGAAGGACCAGGUGAUGGAGUCUUUACAAAAAGAGAAGCUCAAUGAUAGUGCUGAAGCCAGCAUCUUAGUUCACCACCUGGAAGAACAGCUGUUGGGGAGGGACACUGCUAUACAGAGACUAAAAGAACAUAUUAAAGAGCUGGAGUUAGAACGAGACCAGCUUAAAAUGACAUGUCAAGAAAUGGUCCAGCAAAUUGCAGGUUCAGACACCGAUAUUUCCAGUUUACAAAACAGAAUUAAGGUUCAAGAAAUGGAGUACAAACAGCUGAGAAGUUCAUUGGAGAAAUCAACAGAGGAUAUCCUCAAGGUUCAAGAGUCUCUUAGAGCCAAAGAGGAAGAACUGAAAAACGUCUACGAGGCUCACAGGAGGCUUAUGGGAAAAAAAGAUCAGGAUAUUAAUGAAGCGCUUAUUAAGAUGGCAGCUCUAGGGAGUAGUCUGGAAGAUACAGAGACAAAACUGAAAGCUAAGGAAGAGGCUUUGAAGAGCUUGGGUGGGUUAGGUUCAGAAUUGCAAGCAAGAGAAAUAGAGUCUGUUUACCUUCAGUUAGAAACUGCAAAAUGUAGAAUUUCUGAGAUGGAACAGUGUCUACAGGCAGAAGGUGGGGAUGUGUUUGGUGAAGUGUUAAGUAGAGAGAGUCUCAUGGAAGUUGGCCACGAUGUGCCUCUAGCUUCUGUUGACUUAGAAGCUAAGGAUGGCAUGACAGAAAAAGAACAAGACAUAGGAGUAAAAAGACAGAGGAUACGAUUUUCCAGUAUUCAGUGUCAGAAAUAUCGUCAUCUUGAUGGCGCUGAGAAAACAUGGACUAGCGGUCCUUCCUCUGACUUAAACCAGGAACAGUCUUCUUCUGAAGGGAGCAUCUCGCCUGAAAUUAUGGCUCCAUAUCCUCCUUCUGGAGUUAGUGACUUGGAUAGUUGUUUGUCCAUUAUCCAUUCUCUAGAAAAUAAGCUACAUCUAACUGAAGAAAAUCUAAAGGAUCUGAGCCUAAAGCUGGAAAAUGAAAAGUGCAGUCAUCAGGAAACCCUUUUGGUUCUGCACAGUCAGUGGGCGAAUGCUGAGGCUAGUUUUAGGGAGCAGCUCCAAGCUAGUAUAUAUCAGGUCGACUCCAUGGCCAAACAGAUGGAAGAGAUGCAAAGAAAGAAACUAAGUCACCACUCAGAGAUGACCCAAAGAGAUAUUGUGUGCUGUUUAGAAGCAUGUAGUAAUCUUCAGAAAGAAUUACAUGAUAUAGAUGAAUCACAACCAGCUUCUUAUUCAUUAUCCAGCAUUAAGCAUGCUCUGUCAGGCAUAAUUCAUUCUUUAGAGAAAGCUCUCAAUGAUUCAUCAGAUCCCCCAGGCCUGGUUAAGGGUUCCCAAGCUGAAUGUAGGAUGCCGUCUCCUCAGGAUCCUAUACAUAGGCUAUCAGAAAAAAUUAAUUUCCAAGCACAGUUAAUGUAUAGAAUGGUGGAGUCCCUAAAAAAGAGUACCUCUGGAUCUAGUCUAUUGGUGCAAGAAGGUGAGCAGGAGGGAGCGUGUUCUACAGAUUAUCUGGUAGAGAUGUUUGCGAGGAAAGUCAAGCUAGAAAGAGACUUCUGGGAUAGGGUUUAUCAGAUCGGAAAAGCAAUUGUGGGGGAUGAAGGGGUGGUUGCUCCCAUGGAGUCUGAGUUAAGCCUAAAUACAAGUUCUAAACUACUCCAAACCUUGGCAGACAAUACGCUGCUCAAAGCCGAGCUUCUUCUGGCCAUUCAGAAGUCGAAGGAUUUGGAAGCCGAUCUUAAGAAAGCAGAAGCUGCACUUGAAGGACUAUCUGUGGAGGACAUGGAAACAAAGUUAUCUGAAUCUCAAAAGACUGGACAUGAUCAUGACUCUGACGCGGACAGUGCAGAGAGCACCAGCAUAGCAUGUUUAGAUGAGCUUUCAUUACAUUUAACGGAAAAUGCAGAUGAACUAAAGAGAAUCUCCUGUGCCCUAAUGUCCAUGUCAGACCCUAUCGCUGUUCAGACCCUGCUGCAAACGACCCAAGAGAUUUCGAGCUGUGCUCAGUCUAGCAGUUCGCUCCCCCUUCUUGUACAAGACGCUGUCGUUCAGGCACAGUUGUGUUAUGUCACUUGUAAAGCAAGGCUUGCAUAUCAGAGAGAGUUGAGGAGAAGUAUGAAUGCUUUGUGCUCUGCUCACUCUGAAGCUAUGUCCGAGGUGCAUCAAGACUAUGAGGAAAAAUUACAGCAAAAGCAGUGUGAACUCUCUGAAGUGUUGGAAAGAGAGAGAAAUGCAGCUGCCGCUGUAUCGGCUAAGGUCCAAGAUACAGAAAGAUUACUUGGAGAAGCCGAAGCAAAAUUCAAAGAAACCUUGUCACAGCUUGAUAGUGAAUACAAGAAGGAGAUGCAGAACAUGAUGGAGCGCUGGAUAGAGCGGGAGAAUGCUAUGAAAUUACAACAGCUGGAGGUAAAUACUAAACUUCAAGCUUCCGAACACGAAAGAGAAGAAUCAGAUAGGUUUCAUCGGGAGAAAAUCCAGCAUUUAGAGGCUCAGUUCCAAGAGCAGGUCCAGGAGCUCGAAAUAAUUCACCAAAAUGAAAUGAAGACUUUGGUAGAGCGGUAUACACAAAGUAUUCAGCAGCUUCAGGAUACACUCGAUAGCUAUCAUAGGGAUCAACAAUACACUCCAUCACCCACGGACUCAACCACUCGCAGUAUCGCUUCUGAUCAAGAAACACUCGGAGACAUGGAUUCCAUGGAUGUUCUGAAAGGUCGAAUUCUAGAACUGGAAGCUCAGAUGGACUUGAUGAGAGAGGAACUGGAACAGAAACAUCCUGAAGGCAAUAUGUCCUCCAUAAAGGAGAAAUACCAGGCAGACUUUGAGAAUCUGAAGGCGACAUGUGAAAGGGGUUUUGCUGCCAUGGAGGAAACCCAUCAAAAGAAGAUUGAGGACCUCCAAAGACAGCACCAGCGAGAAUUGGAGAAGUUGCGAGACGAGAAGGAGCGUCUUCUAGCAGAGGAGACUGCUGCCACCAUAUCAGCCAUUGAAGCAAUGAAGAACGCACAUCGCGAAGAGCUUGAGAAGGAGCUGGAGAAAUCCCAUCGCUCUCAAGUCAGUAGCAUCAACGCGGAUGUGGAGUCAUUGCGGAGGCAGUAUCUGGAGGAGCUGCAGUCUGUGCAGAGGGAGUUGGAAGUCCUCUCGGAGCAAUAUUCUCAGAAGUGUCUUGAGAAUGCCCACCUCGCUCAGGCCCUCGAAGCUGAACGCCAAGCUCUACGCCAGUGUCAGCGAGAGAACCAAGAGCUCAAUGCUCACAACCAGGAGUUAAACAAUCGUCUGGCCAGUGAGAUAACGCGGCUUCGGAAUCUGGUAACAGGAGAUGGAGGGGAGGUAUCGCCUCUCACCCAGGGGAAGGAUGUCUAUGAGUUGGAGGUUCUGUUACGUGUGAAGGAGUCUGAGAUCCAAUACCAGAAGCAAGAGAUCAGCUCCCUGAAGGAUGAGCUGCAGACAGCUCUAAGGGAUAAGAAAUAUGCCAGUGAUAAAUACAAGGACAUCUACUCCGAGCUGAGCAAUGUAAAGGCCAAGGCCGAGUGUGACAUCAGCCGGCUAAAGGAGCAGCUGAAAACGGCCACCGAGAUGUUGGGGGACAAAACCCCUGAGAAUGCAACGGUGUCUGGAUACGAUAUCAUGAAAUCUAAGAGUAACCCAGAUUUCCUGAAAAAUGACAGGUCGACCAUCAACAGACAGCUGCGGAACAUCAGGUCCAAGUCCGUAAUUGAGCAGGUCUCAUGGGAUAACUGAAAAGUUCCACGUACCAGGUUCCCUGACAUAGCCUGAAGGAGGGGCUGACAGUCCAGGAGCGCCUUAAAAUCUUUGAAUCCCAGGACUUCAAGAAGCACUAACGUCUCCCAGUUUCUGCUGUGUGUCCCUAGGAUGUGGAGCAGAAGAUACAUUGCCCCCGGAUCCAUUGGGCCUCAGGGGACUCUGAUGUGCAGUUCUCUGCACGUCACGUGGCUCUUGAAAUGUGCAAGACCAUUCAGGUGUUGAAAUGGUUAAUUCCUGUGGGUACCUCUCCAGCUCAACGUCUUUCCCUAACCCUCCCGUUCCCCCGGAUAAGGGCACAUUAACUCGCCUUCUCCAUCUUAUCAGAGCUUUAACUCUCUCAUUCAGAAUUGUCAGUAUUAAGGCACUGCUGCCGAUCAAUAAGCUAUCAGGUGUGACAACAUUGGACCUUCGGGGCCCCGUUGUAUGAUAGUUGCUGCCGUCUGCAGGAGAAGUGAUGAAUCCCGUACAGGGAAAACGUUGACAGGGCUACCUGCCCGAGUACGAUCGGCACAAAACCCCCUCGCUCUCUCCCCGCAGUGUAUGUAGUUAUUUAUAGAUGUGUUUGUAUGUGUGUAGAGUGUGUAUACAGGAAGCGAACUGCAUAAAAAAAAAAGCCAAAACACUAAAUUCUGUUCCACUGCUGUAAAAUCUCCAUUUGACACUGUGAUCUGGUGGAUAUAAUGCUUGAUGGAGUAGUUAUAGGGUGUUCUCCACCACUCGCCUUCUCUUACGACUGGGCAUAGCACUGACCGGGCAGCCGCAUUGUUUGCUGUAUGCUAUUUCUGGGUUAUCAGUUCAGGGAUUAGUGACAUGGUGGCCUCUGUAUCCUGCGGAUGAGUGGCCUGGCCAAUAACACGUCUUCACAAUUUAGGUCAGCUUUUUUUUUAAAUGUAAAAUUAUAAUGAAUAAAAACUUUUUUUUUUUAGCAGCUUGUCCUCAUCCAGGUCCAAACCUUUUGAGGCUCAUUCACACUAAGGAAUCUUUGCCCGGAGAAAUCCAGGGCUGAAAUUUUAUGGCAAGCAGGUGCGCUCAGACGUGCACCGUUCUUAUUGAUGGCAGUGCAGUCUGGGCAGAAUUCCGCCAAGAGAAUGAAAAUGUUCAUUCUUUUAGGGGAGUCCAAAAUUCCUGCAGCAGCCGUUCUGCCCCGGGAAAUCCGCAGUGUGCACAUUGCAGCAGAAAACAAUGGGAGGCUGUUGCACUGGAAUUUCCAAACAGAAUUCUGUAACUUGAAAAUUUCGUAGUGUGAAUUGGCCCUUAGGAUUAUUUUUGCAAAUAUAACUUUCUCUACCAAAAGGAUAUCCUUCUAAAUGCCGGUUGUUCCGUGAUUUUUCUAUUUAUCCCUUUAGUUUCAGCGUUUUUUGUCCUUUGAUUUCAUGUUAUUUCUUCCUCAGGCCUUAUUUACACUACGGAAGUUCAGCCUGAAUUUUGCCUGCAGCAGCCUCCUCCGUACGGACAAGAAGUACCAUUCUAUUCACUACGUUGCAGUCCCGGCGGAUUCCACCGGAAGAUUGAACAUGUUAAACAGUAGAGCAGAGCAGCAGAGUCCCAUUGAAAUGAAUAGAAGGCUGCUGCAAGUUGGAAAUUCAGCUUGGAAUUUCUGUAGCGUGAUCGAGCCCUUGAAGGUCUUUGUCCAGCCAAUUUUUUUUAAAACCUGCUCUGAAUGGUGCAAAACAAGUCAUACUUUCCUAAGUCCUGUUCGUAUCUACUUCUUGGUCCCAUUCGACAAAGACGUUACUGCGCAGCCAAUCAUUGGAUGUAGCGGUUAGUAUUGUGGCCAGUGAUUGGACCCGUUAUGUGCAUGUAGAGAAGAACCAGGGCUUGGUUAGCGUUAGAUUGAGAAUGGUGUGCGUGACUUUAUUAGUUUAUGCCUGUUGUCUCCAAACUGUGGAUCUCCAGCUGUUGCAAAACUACAACUACAAGCUUGCCCAGACAACCAACAGCUGUCCGGACAUGCGUGGAGUUGUAGUUUUGCAACAGCUAGAGGUCCACAAUUUGGAGACCACUGGUGUGAACUUAAGAAGUUUUGCAACAUCUGGAGGUCCACAGUUUGGAGACCUAGGACGUGACUGAUAAUGUGAUUUUCAGGGAAUUCCACAUCUAUAUUAGUCACUUUUUGUAAUAUAUUGUAGAAUCGCUUUAAUAGCAAUCCCAUAUAAUAUAACAUCUAAUGGGAAUUCAUCCCUUAAUAAGUGUGAUGUUAGUGGAACACUGAAACUUUCCCUGUUAACAACUACUGCGAACUGUAUCCACUUGCAGUUUUAUAGCUAGAACACCUUAGCAAAUUGCUUUCGAAGUGACUCCUCCAAUGUAUUAUUUAAAGUGGCUACAAAGUAGAGCUUCAUUGCUGCUUCCCCAUGCCCCAUUUCAGGCUGUAUCGAUUUUGAAUGGUAACAUAGCCUAUCCGUUCACCAAAAACCAGUGAUAGCGCAAUGCAUUUCAUGGGCCCCAAGUAAUAUUAGUGAAAAUGCAACCUAAUCCACUCACUAGGAAACCGAUCACUGAUUCUUGGUCAAGGAAAUAGGACAUGUUCUCAUUAACCUUGAUUCUGCACUAGAAAUGGGUACUACUGAGGUGGGCAGUAUGGGCGAGGUGGGCAGAACGUGGCUGUAGGGGGCUCCUAGGAAGACUUGGCAUGUGAUAGUAUUACUUUGGGAAGUAUUUUGUUAUGUGAUGAGGUCAUUGACCUGUGUAGUUAAGUGACUUUAUAUUAGAGAGUGAAGAUUUGCGUUAGGUUAUAUAUAUAUAUUUUUGUGUUCGUGGUUGUUUUUUUGGAACGUUUUAUUUUCUUUU